GAAGGGUACCCACGUAGCCGCUCGCGCGCGCCGGCGCAGCCCUUAACCCCGGCCGGCACAGCCCAAGCAUCCCAGCCGCACCACCACCACCACCACCACCACCACCGUCCUUUAAUCUCUGCCCCCACCACGUACUACUCCGCCACCAACAACAUUCCUUCCACUGUCGCCAGCCCUGCCUCACCCGAUGCCGCCGCCGCGCACCCUCGUCGUCCUCGUCCUCGUCCUCGCCGUCAUCGUCGUCGGCGGCGGCGUCGCGGCCCAUGGCCGCCUCCUCGCCUCCGGCGGCCUCCCGGGGCAGGGGAGCGCGUCCGACGCCGCCGUGCUCCGCCUCCCGUCGGCGGGGCGGCUGGGCGGGGAGGCUGAGGAGGGCGGGUGCGAGAUGACCUACGGCUUCCUGCCGUGCACGGAGACGGCGGGGGGCAACCUCUUCCUCGCGCUCGCCUACGGCUUCCUCAUGUUCAAGUCCGCCACCUACCUCUCCGCCGGCAGCGAGCUGCUGCUCGAGAUCCUCGGCCCGGGGAUCGUCGGCGGCCUCUUCCUCCCCAUCCUCGGCGCGCUGCCAGACGCCCUGCUAAUCCUCGUUUCUGGCCUCUCUGGCACUAAGGAGGUUGCUCAAAGUCAGGUUUUGAUCGGAAUGGGCCUGCUGGCGGGAUCGACGAUCAUGCUUUUGACCAUACUUUGGGGAUCUUGUGUUAUUGUCGGUAAAUGUGAUCUGUCAGAGAAUUCAACUACAGUUGAUUCCCAAGAUACCAAAGCCUUCAGUCUUUUGGGCUCUGGUGUUUCAACUGAUUUGCAGACCAGCUAUGCAGCAAGAAUCAUGGCAAUAUCUGUUCUCCCCUUUAUUGUUGUUCAGAUACCACAAAUUCUGAAGCUCCAAUCUGGUCAUCGCUUAACUCUACUGCUUGGGCUUAUAGUUGCAGUGCUACUUCUGCUUACUUAUUGCCUAUACCAGAUCUUUCAGCCAUGGAUCCAGAGGAGAAAAUUAGAAUAUUCAAGACUGAAGCAUGUAAUGUCUGGGCUUCUGAAACAUGCUCAAAUGCAUACUUUUGGUCACCUUAUUGAUGAUGAUGGCACACCAAAUGUUUCUGUCAUAGAGAAGUUAUUUCACAAAAUUGAUCUGGACAAUGAUGGAAUGAUAGGGCGUGGUGAACUACAAGCUUUCAUUGUUGGUGUGAAUUUUGAAGAUAUUGAGUUGGAUAGUAACCUAGCUGCAGACCAAGUCAUGGCUGACUUUGAUAGGUCUCGGAAUAGUUCCAUUGAAAAGGGAGAAUUCGUUGAUGGCGUCCUUAGAUGGCUGGAAGAAGCUAAGCGUGUUGUUGCUGGUUCUGGUGCCUACUCAAAAAAGUUUAUGGAUGAUUUUCACAUUACAACAGGGGAAGAGCAUAAUGCACUGCUUGACAAGCAUGAAGAGGAUGAUGAAUCUAUUGAAAAUCCAACCUGGACAUGCUUCAAGGCUAUUUCACUUUUGCUUCUCGGAACUGCAAUGGCAGCUGCAUUUGCAGACCCACUUGUUGAUGCUGUGCACAACUUUUCAAGUGCUACCAGUAUACCGUCUUUUUUCAUUUCCUUCAUUGCGAUGCCCUUGGCUACCAAUUCCAGUGAGGCUGUCUCAGCAAUUAUCUUUGCCAGCCGAAAGAAGCAACGCACUCUGUCUCUGACAUUCUCAGAGGUGUACGGUGGAGUGACCAUGAACAACACGCUCUGCCUGGCCGUGUUCCUGGCUCUCGUCUACAUCAGGGGCUUAACUUGGGACUUCUCAUCGGAGGUCCUCGUCAUCUUCCUCGUCUGUGUCAUAAUGGGACUCUUCACCAGCUUCCGGACCAUGUUCCCCCUGUGGACGUGCUUCGUCGCAUUCCUUCUGUACCCGCUGUCGCUGAUCUUGGUUUACAUCCUCGACUACAAGUUUGGCUGGUCGUAAACCUGACUUGAAUGGUGAUUAGUUGAUAGGACUGAUAUACGAGGGGUAAAUGUAGGCAUGGAUCACUUCUUUUACUGCUUGUAAACCUCAUCUGGUACGUGUUUCCGGUUGGAUGCGGGCUACGCGCUUUGACAUGUUACAUACUUGGCCAUUGCUAAUAAGUUAAUAUGAACUCUGAUGAGAGGAGAUGA